AUGGGCCGAGGAGGUAGGGGCAAGUUCCGUGGCCGCGGCCGCGGCCGCGGCGGACGCCAGAACCGUGGCGACGGCGAGCGCCAUGGCGCAUACACCGCUAUCGACCAGACGAACCCCAAGUUUGAGUCGUACUACCUGGGCCAAGAGAUUCUUCCGCGCGAAGAAUGGGACACCUUUUUGGAGACGAUGCGCGCGCCGCUCCCUACCACGUUCCGCAUCACGUCCGGCAAGCCGACCUCGCGCCAGCUCUUGGAUGCGAUGCAGAACAUUUACCUGCCGUUCCUGAGCAACGUCGAGUUUGAGGGCGAAAAAAUCGCGCCGCCCCGCCAGCUCGAAUGGUACCCCGAAGGCCUCGGCUGGCACCUCGACGUGCGCAAGAACGUCCUGCGCAAGUCGCCGGAAUUCAAGCGCUUCCAGCAGUUCCUCGUGCACGAGACGGACGUCGGCUCGAUCUCGCGCCAAGAGGCCGUGUCGAUGCUUCCCCCGUUGUUCUUGGACGUGCGCCCAGAGCACCUCGUGCUCGACAUGUGCGCCGCGCCGGGCUCCAAGACCGCGCAGCUCAUCGAGGCGAUCCACUCGCCGGUGACGUCGCAGCCCGACGCGUUCAACCCGAUGCCGCUCGGCGCGGUGGUCGCAAACGACUCGGACACGAAGCGCGCACAUAUGCUCGUGCACCAGGCGCAGCGCCUGCCGUCGCCGAACCUGUGCGUGACGAACCUGGACGCAAGCAACUUGCCAAACGUCCAGGUCUCGUGGAAGGGCGAGGGCGCGACCGACAAUGUCAUCCAGCGCGAGCUCAAGUACGAUAGGAUUCUCGCCGACGUCCCGUGCUCGGGCGACGGCACGCUCCGCAAGAACCUCGCGAUCUGGAAGGACUGGACAACCGGAAACGGCGUCGGCCUGCACUCGCUCCAGACGCGUAUUUUGAUUCGCGGCCUCACGCUCCUCCGCGCGGGCGGCCGCCUGGUGUACUCGACCUGCUCGCUGAACCCUAUCGAGAACGAGGCGGUGGUCGCCGCAGCGCUGCGCCACUUCAAGGGCGAAGUCGAGCUCGUGGACUGCUCGGACAUGCUCCCGGCGCUCAAGCGCCGCCCGGGUAUGACCUCGUGGAAGGUCGCGCCGGGCCGCGGCGCGCACCUCUUUGGCAAGGACGCCGAGGACGAGGCUCGGAACGCCAAGGCCGAGGGCGACGAGGCCAAGGACGACGCCGAGGACGAGACAAAGCUGCCGCCUAUCCCCUGGGUCGAGUCGCACGAGGCGCUCCAGACGCUCGAUCCCGAGCUGGCGGCGCGUGUGGCGCCGAGCCUGUGGCCCCAUGGCGACGAGAAGGAGCUGAACAUUGAGCACUGUGUGCGUGUGUAUCCCCACAUGCAAAACACGGGCGGCUUCUUUGUCGCGGCGCUCGUCAAGAAGGAGUCCACGCCGGAGGAGUCCGUGUCGAUGGCGCCGGGUAUGGUGCGUGCGAUGCAGGCCGCGUACUCGGAGGAAAUGAGCAACAAGCGCAGCGCCGAGGAUGCCUCGGAGCCCGCCGCAAAGCGCGCGCGCUCCGAGGCGGAGCCCGAGGCGGAGGCCGCCGUCGCCGCCGAGCCCGCGACCGCCGAGGCCACGCCCGAGGGCGAAGCUGCCGAGGCGCCUGCCGACAAGCACGUCUCGGACCGCAAGGCGGCCAACCGCAAGCGUUCGCAGCCCGAGGGUGUCGUGAUCGGUGCGGGCGGCAUGCCGUACCGUGAGGAUCCGUUUGCGUACGUCAAUCCCCACAAUGUCGAGAUCCAGUCGUGCAUCGAGUGGUUCGGCCUGCACGACUUCCCGGUCGGCAACCUGCUCGUACGCAAUGCCGAGCAGGUGCCGCUGCGCAGCAUCUACCUCACUUCGAGCUCGGUGCGUGCGAUCGUCGCCGGCGGUGGGCCGGGUCAGGGCGUGCACCCCACGCUGAACCCGAUCCGUCUGCGCCUGCUCAACUGCGGUGUCAAGGUCUUUGGCCGUCAAGAGUCUGUCUCGAAGGCAACGCAGGCUAGCCAGGCGGCCGAGUCGACGGAUGGCACUGCGACGCGCCGUGACAAUGUCUCGGCGACGUUGACCUGCCGCUGGCGUGUGGUGUCGGACUCGCUGCACUCGAUGCGCCCGUACGUGAGUGACAAGGUGGUGAUUCCGGCGACGCUGUCGGACCUUGCCUUCUUUAUCAAGCAGUACUACCCCAUCCUGGAGUCGGUGCCGGGCUCGGUGGGCGAGCGGAUCCGCAACUCGCCAAUGGGCAGCUACAUCUUGGAUAUUAACCCCAGUGAGCACGAUGGGCACAAGCUCACGGUGCGUCUGUGCUACCCUAUUUGGCGCUCGAUUGCGUCGGUGAACCUCAUGCUCGACAAGCAGGAGAAGAGUGCGCUGUCGUUCCGCCUCUUUGACACGGACCUAUCCGACCCCGAGGGCCAGCGCCAGUUCUCGUCGAACCCCCAGGGACGCAAGAACAAGGAUAAGAUGGUCGAGGAGGCAACCGAGGAGGCGACCGAGGAGGCGACCGAGGAGGCGACCGAGGACACGAUCGAGAAGGACGUCGUCCAAGAGGCGGCCGAGGCCGAGACUGCCUAA